AGAGAUAGGAGGCGGGCAAAGUAAAACCUAAAUCCUAAAAGCGCAUCUCCUCGCUCUACCCUUCCCCCUUCGUUAAUGGUGUGAGAGAGACGAAGAAGAAGACGAACCCUAACCUCCCCUCUCUUCCCCUCGUCGCUUCCCCCACCACCCCACCCUCACCCCUCCGCCCCCGCCGCCGCCAUGGACGCCCCCGACUCUCCCUAUGCCUCCUCGCCCGACGCCGCCGCCGCCAAGCGGUCUCAGCCACCCCGAUCCCCAGCCGAAGAUGAUAAGGAAAAGACAACGCACGUUAGGUUUCUUGUAUCAAAUACAGCAGCUGGAUGUGUCAUUGGAAAGGGUGGGUCAACUAUUAAUGAUAUUCAGUCCCAGUCUGGAGCUCGUAUUCAGCUGUCACGUAGCCAUGAAUUCUUCCCAGGAACAUCUGACAGAGUAAUCAUGGUUUCUGGAGUAUUUAAUGAAGUAAUCAAGGCAAUGGAAUUGAUACUUGAGAGAUUGCUGAGUGAGGUAGAAGAGAGUAAUGAUGUUGAUACCAGAUCAAAAGUUAGACUUGUUGUUCCAAAUAACUCAUGUGGUGGUCUAAUUGGAAAAGGAGGAUCGACGAUAAAAUCUUUUAUUGAAGAAUCACAUGCUGGCAUUAAGAUAUCACCUCAAGACAAUAACUAUGCUGGUUUACAUGAUAGGCUUGUUACAGUAACGGGGUCCUUUGACCAACAGAUGCGAGCCAUUUUCCUGAUAUUGUCGAAGUUAUUGGAGGAUGCUCAUUAUCCACCUAGUUUAAGUUCCCCAUUUCCAUAUGCAGGUGUAAAUGUUCCUGGUUAUCCUGGUGUACCAGUUGGAUAUAUGAUGCCACCUGUAGGUUACAACACCAUGAAUUAUGGACCAAAUGGACAAGGAGGAAGAUAUCCAAGUAACAAGGGCAAUACAUCAUCUGUCCCCACGAGGUCUUCUGCUGCUUCUCGUGAUAACAGCCCAGGCAAGUCUGUUACAAUUGGCGUCGCCGAUGAACAUAUUGGUGCUGUUGUUGGUCGUGGCGGGAGGAAUAUAAUGGAAAUAAGUCAGAAUCCCCGCCCCCCCACUUCAAUGCAGAUUAGUGGUGCUAGGAUUAAAAUAUCAGAUAGGGGCGACUUCAUAUCCGGCACCUCUGACAGGAAAGUAACGAUCACCGGCCCACUGGAAGCAAUACGCACUGCCGAGGCUAUGAUUAUGCAAAAGGUUGCAUCCAGCUCAGAGAGGUGAUAAUUUUUUUGUAGGCAGGUGAAAUUUUUGUCAUGGUAUCCAAGUGUGGCUGUGCAACUAGUUUUGUAUUAGAUCUUAACUUCGUCGCUGGUUGAUUAGAUUCUUUUUAAUUUAACUUUCGGUGGUAAAAGUUUCCCAGUAAGUUAUCAUAUCUUGAAAGACUGUUAAUGUUAGGAUUUAGAAAGAGGAGGUAGAAAAGGCAUCCGAAGUAUAUCAAUUUUGUGUUCUAGGGCCUCGUUUGCGUGGUAAGAGUUGAAGAAAACUAUAUUUGCAACCAUUUUAGUCGAUAAAAACUUUUUCUGACCUUUGUUACAUGCAGUGGCUUGAAAUACUCUAGGAAUUGGAGUUGUUUCAUCUGAUGUAAACAAUAUUUUCUUCUCCUCAUGUUUGGUCAGAGUGUUGUAAUUGCUCCAGGUCUCAUUUUCCUAUUUUUCUUUUAAAGUAUGUUCAGAGCUGCAGCUCUUCAUAUGCU